UUUUUUUAGACCACACCCCCAGUGACUUGAAGAUUCGUAAGUUUGCAGUAGUCGAGCCAGAUAGGACAGAUGAUGAAUGCCUUUUUAAGGAAAACAGGGUGAAGGAUUGAGCUCGGCCUUUCUUCUGCUCCUAAUCUUUGGACGGCAGCAGUGCAGAUAUAUAGCAUCGCCAAGCAGCAAUUCGAUCUUUACAGUGGAUUUGGACCUCUUCAUCCACCUUCGAAACCGCCACCCCCAUUGUUGAAUUGCUGCAACGACCCAGGUCGGUUUGAUUGAGCUCCCCUCACGCUUGCACAUUCCACUCAAGUUCGGUUAGAGAAGAGUCACACCAACCUGCCUCUUCGUGGCUUCCUUUACAUUCAAAUCCAAUCAGCCGAUUGAAUCCACGUGAAUCUCAGCACACAUUUCCGCCUUUCUUCACCGAUCAACGCCACUUGGGGUCGGUUUUAUUUUCAUCAGCCCGAGUGCAUGCUAAUUUUAUUCUCCGUUUCUCUGCUUCUCAGUUUCUCCUCUCGUAUUGAUAUAAUUAAUUAUUAGUUUGGCCCUGGACGCGCGAGUCAUUCACCCAAUAAUGAGCACCAGAGUAUCAUUUGUAAUGGGAGUAUCAUCUCUUUUACAAAGAAGAUGCCUUUGGUCAUCCCAGUGGAGAGUUCGGAACUACUCUGUUCGCUCUGCUCCUCUUCCUCCUGACUUGCCUCUUUUAGCAGAGACUGCUCGUAUCUCUCUCACUCCCAAAGAGGUGGAGGAAUUCACCCCCAAGAUUCAACAAGUUAUAAACUGGUUUGGACAACUCCAAGCUGUUGAUCUUCAAAGUAUUGAGCCUGCACUUAGAGCAGAUACUGAAGGUGACAAUCUGCGGAAUGAUGUGCCUGAAACAUUUGAGAAUAGGGAGGCCAUGUUAUCUGCAGUUCCAAGCUUUGAGGAGCCAUAUAUCAAAGUUCCCAAGGUCUUAAACAAAGAAUAGUGCUGUUUAGAUCUUCAUCCAGAAGACACAACUACUGGGCCACAACAAAAAUAUUUAUGAAGACGAAGGUUGCAAUCUCCUGAUCUAUCAUAUAGCACUUGGUUCUAUUUGAUUUAUGUGAUUCACCAUUUGCCUUGAGUUUUGGGCUGAUAUCAUUUGUUUUUUAUUUACAUAGCAUAAUUAGGGAGUUAUUGGGACCAAGGUCUAUUAGUUUAUGUUUAAGUUAAGAGUGUUUAUUUAGAUUUUACAAGUAGCGGACUUACUAAGGGCAUACUUGUCAUUGUAUUCAGUUUUUAUUUGUGAAUAUAUAAGCUAAUGAAAGAGGCAACCAGACCUCAAAUUUUCUCCUCUUUUCUUCAAA